AUGAGUUGGAACUUGCUCGAGCGCUUCAUCGAGUCGGAACACUUCAACCGGGACCCGUCGUUGACUGUGGCCUAUCUGGCUCGAUAUGCCGACCAUGUGGGAAUCCAAUACGUCCUCUGCUCCAAGCUGCGCCGGUUCAGCUAUGAAGACAUCGAGUUCUUCCUGCCGCAGCUAUGCCACCUGGUCAUGUCGCUGGACAACGAAAGCAUGGCCCUCGAGGACUUUAUCCUAGACCUGUGCGAGGAGUCGGUCAAUGGCGCUCUUCUGACUUUCUGGCUCUUGCAAACAUACCUCCGCGACCUCGCCCAAACCCCCACCUCCAACGCCUUCAAGACGUGCCGCCGCAUCUACAAUCGAGUCCAACGCAUCGUCUUUGGUUCAUCUGAGCCCGUCCGCCGCGACAAGAUCACCGAGAAUGUCCUGCCCGUCACGCUGCUGUCUAGUCUUGUGCUCGGCGCCAUAGCUGCGCCCUUCCUUCCUCGUCAUGCUGGUCCGCUGGCUAUUGCACAGGCUCGGAGGCCGCGUCCUGUAGAAGACACCAUAUCCGACAACAUACAACCCCAGCGCAUAUCCAGGAGUCAUACCGUCUCAGGUACCCCUGGUCGCUCAAGAAGACCUCGUCCUCCGCCGCAAACGACCAAAGAGGCUUCGACUCCCCCGGGAACCUCGACACCGAAAAGAGCGUCCCGACCCAUGUCAAUGCUGGUCAACGACUCUCCGACGCUCAGGAAAGAGUCAUCCGGCAGUCGUGCCAUGGCAGAGGCAUUGCGCGCAACACAGAACAACCAAGCCUUUGCAAGCACAUCGUCCCUCCCAGAGCUUCCCUCACAGCCUGCUCCCGAACCGCCGCGUCUCUCUCGCCAGCAUACAGAACACUCUGUCCGCCGUCACUCCGCCAGCACCAAGAACAUCAACAUCUCCAACAUGUCACGCUCGCAAAAAGUCCGCAUGCUUCGCUCAAACUAUUUCCGUAGUCAGACGCAAUUCCUGAGCGCUCUCGAGGACAUUUCCAACCGCUUGGUUGCUGUGCCGAAGCCUGCUAGACUGAGUGCCCUUCGUGCCGAACUUGCGUUGAUUGCUCAAGAUUUGCCUGCUGAGGUCGACGUACCUCUGCUCUGUCCUGCGACCCUUCCAGAUGGCAGUGCAAGCCGUAGUCAACAUCAUCGUAUCGUCAGACUUAACCCUGCCGAGGCCACCAGUUUGAACAGUGCCGAGAGGGUGCCCUACCUUCUGAUGGUUGAAGUCUUGCGCGAGGAUUUCGACUUCGAUCCAGAGUCCGACCAAAAUACCCAGCUUCUUACCAAGUUGGUACUCGAGAAGGGGAAACCAAAACGUCGCCUUUUCGACAUUACAGAUGCAUCGCGAGAAUCCGCUCGCUAUGAGACUGAGACCACGGUCGAAGCCGACAGUGUCCUCGAACCUGCCCUUGGCGAUCUGGGUAGUCCGGCUUUACUGCAAGAAGUUGAUGGACGAACAACUCCUCGCAACAUUUCCAGAUCGCAUACUCCUUCUAAUACCGCCAUGUUGAGAGAGCUUCCUCGAUUGUCCAGCGGUGUGAGCACCCUGUCAUCGAUAAGCCUCACCACUCCUCGAACGUCUGAUCUGCCAUUGAGCAGAUCUGUCAGUCCCUCUCCUUUUGCUUCAGCGGCUGGCCGCUCGCAAGCUCCAGACCAACCUGACUUUUCCGCUCUGGCAACACACAUGCGAGCUGCUUCGUCCAUGCUCUCACAGCUCGACCUGAGCAGCUCAAAACGGCCGAAAGCUGAAGUCGCCGCCAUCAAGGCUAGGAUCAUUGCCAGCAUGCAAAGUCUCGAAGAGCAAAGUUUCUACACGGACGAUACCACGCACCCUACCAAUUUCGACGCCAUCAUGGCCAAUGCGAACAACAUUGGCUCACACGCCGAGCCAGCCGACAUCGAAGACCCUGCCUUGGAAGCCGCAGAAGCAGACCCAAAUCUGAGCUCGAACGCCGGUGCGGCACGCAUGGAAAAUGACAUCAAAACAGGCGGUGUCCAGCGCAAAGGCGACCGCGACGACCCCUCAGCCGCAACCUUUGGUGAAGCCUGGGAAAUGAAAAAGGAGCGCAUUCGCCGCUCUUCUCCUUACGGCUGGAUGAAGAACUGGGACUUGAUUUCCAUGAUUGUCAAAACCGGAGCUGAUUUGCGUCAAGAGGCUUUUGCUUGCCAACUCAUCGCCGUGUGCUCGAAGAUUUGGACCGAAGCUUCUUGCGAUGUGUGGGUCAAGAACAUGCGCAUACUGGUUACCGGCGAGUCGUCAGGUUUGAUCGAAACAAUCACCAACGGCGUUUCUUUGCACUCGCUCAAACGCUCCCUGACACUCUCCUCCAUUGCCUCUGGCAGCAACCCGCGAAAACGCAUGGCUACACUACACGACCAUUUCGUCACUACAUUCGGCAAACCCUCUUCUGCCUCUUACAUCUCAGCCGUCGACAACUUUGCAAAAAGUCUAGCUGCGUAUUCGGUAAUCUCGUACAUUUUGCAACUCAAAGACCGGCACAACGGCAACAUCCUCAUCGACAAUGUGGGUCACAUCGUACACAUAGACUUUGGCUUCAUGCUCUCCAACACACCGGGCAGCAUGGGCUUCGAAGCGGCCCCCUUCAAGCUCACGCAAGAAUACAUUGAUGUGCUGGGGGGCCUCGAGUCCGCCGCCUUCAACAACUUCAAAUCGCACAUGAAAGAGGCGUUUCAAGCUUUGCGGCGAGAAGCGGAGAGGAUUGUUAUGCUUGUUGAACUCAUGGGCAGGGAGUCACGCAUGCCGUGUUAUUCUGGCGGCGUGGUCAAUGUUGUCGCGGCGUUGAGAGCUAGGUUUGUACUCGAGAAGAGUGAAAAGGAAGCAGGGGUUUGGGUGGAGGAGUUGGUUGCAAAGAGUGCGGGGAGUUAUUAUACUAGGCUUUACGACACUUUCCAAUAUCGCACCCAGGGGAUCUACUAG